AUGUAUCAAAUCUGUGUAUGUGUAUUGAAAAUUUAUGAGGGUCUUGAAAAAAGCAUUGUUAUUUCUUAUUUUUGGUUUAUAUUACAGUGUCCUCCAGGUGUUUGGGACAAGAUCUUUGAAGUCAAUGUAAAGAAUGCCCUGCAGUUAAGCCAACUGGUGGUACCUGAGAUGCAAAAGAGAAAUGGUGGAGCCAUUGUUUAUGUGUCUUCUAUUGCUGGAUUCCAGCCUAUGCCACUACUGGGUGCCUAUAGUGUAAGCAAGACAGCCCUUCUUGGUCUCACCAAAGCUGUAGCACAGCAGGUAGCUUCAGAUAAUAUUCGUGUCAACUGCUUAGCCCCAGGCAUUGUACAAACCAAAUUUUCUAGUGCAUUAACUGAGAAUGAGGCUGUCCACGAGAAAAUACUAGAGCAAAUUCCACUGGGAAGGUGAGUUUUAUUACUAAUUUUUAAUUUGAAAAUUUCAAGGAAUAAAUGGUGCAUUCAUAGAUAUUG